GCACGCAUACACAAGAGACGUAUAGGCUACGUGUCCCGGCACACACGCUCUCCCAUUCCGGCAAGUUUAUACGAAUCAUCGUGAAGGAAAUUGAUUAUUAUUUGUGUUCUUCUUCUUCCUAAAUAUCACCCAAGGAGACGAUCCAAGGUCAUAUUCUCUGUCGCAUUUGUGCGUUUUGUUCAGCAGUAAUUUCCUCGCAAUUAAUAAGUUCAUAAGACUUGUGAACGAGGUCUGUGUGUAAAUGUGUUUUAAUAAAGUAAAGUAUUAGAUAUGUGCCCCUUUGAGUGAGCUUUUAAAGAUGCGCCCCUUCACGCGACAUGUGGAGAUGAUGAAAUGGAUAUGAAAGUGGAUGAUAUUUCAUCCGGUGAAUACGAAUGAUCGGGAUGCCCUUGGUUCUUUUAUUCUCAAAUAAAAGAAAAAUAAUAAUACAUUUAAAAAAGAAAUAGACCGGUUGUGAAGUCAGCUUUUAUUAAAAAAAAGGUACAACUUUUUUUUCCUUUUUUUUUUAAAAAAAGACUUCCGAGUGCUGUAUAGAUUUAGAAGACACACCCUUUCUCUAAUGUCCAACCAAUCAACCAUCGACCCGGGCUCGCGGCUGCCUGUGGCCGCGACACACACGGACACAGUAUGGAGAGACAGACACAGUAGGUGGACGCGGUCUAUCUUAACGCAGAGAGCAGACCUGCAAAGUGCGCAGUGACAAGAGGAGUAACACACACACACACACACACGCACGCACGCACACGCACACACACGACAAGAAGGCAAAGAGACAAGUUGUGUGGGGACGAGUAUCAGCGCGGUGUUCCUUUUUUCUUUUUUUUUUCCUUCCACUGAACGUCAUCCUUGUCAAUGCUCCAGUUGCACAUACGAGUCGGCCACAAGUUUCCAAUGGACAGACACUUGGAGAAGGCUGGCGCGACAAGCAUGGGAUUAUUUUUGUAAUGUGGAUUGCUAUUCUUUUGCAGGAAAAUAAAGGUCCGUUGCGGAACAAUGUGGGACGUUUUGCGUCUUGGAUUCUCGUUUUUUUGGAUAUCUUGUAAAUCAUUGGCAACAGUUGAGAAAGGAAGAAGUUAUGCGCGAAGGAUUGUAUGCUCCGACCCCGGGACCAUCAUGGAUUUGCCUCGAGAAUUCCCUGCCCCUUAUUUAGAGAAGUUUUAGCCGGUCCACUCGUGUUGCUAUUUUACUUUUUUUUUCUUCUCCUUGUUGUUAAAAAAACAAAACUUCACGCUUUUGAGAACAAAUCGCCACUUUUGGUCUUUUGGAUUUAAAAAAACAACAAAACAACAACGUCGCCUGCCUUUUUGGAUUGGAUUUCCAACACCAUGAACAUUAUUGACAGUUUGACACUAUUAUUUUUGACGCUGUCAGCUGUCAAGAGCGCGCACAUACCGAAGGAAACAGAAAGAGGUCCACAUGACGUGAUCCCUUUAAUGGAGGUGUACAACAAGAGUUUGUGUCAGCCUCGGGAGCUGCUGGUGGAGAUUCUGCAGGAGUAUCCGGAGGAGGUGGAGCACAUCUUCAUCCCGUCCUGCGUGGUGUUGACGCGCUGCGCCGGCUGCUGCAACGAUGAGAUGCUGCAGUGCACGCCGACAUCCAGCUAUAACGUCACGAUGGAGAUAAAAAGAAUAAAACCCCAAAGGCAACAAAAUGAUAUUUUCAUGAGUUUUACAGAACACAGCGCAUGUGAGUGUAGGUUAAAGAAAGAAGCAAAAGAACAGAAAGAAAAUGUUUGUGAGCCAUGUUGCGAUCACUGCUCGGAGAGGAGAAAGCGCUUGUUCGUGCAGGAUCCAGCAACCUGCCGGUGCUCCUGCAAGCACACAGAUGAAUACUGUAAAGAACGUCAGCUAGAGCUCAACGAGAGGACCUGCAAAUGUGACAAGCCAAGGAGAUGAGGUGGCAGCACCAGAUGUACAAGAUGAAGGAAUAUUCUAGAUAUUUCACAGCACAGCACUUUGACCUUUGAACCGUAAGCUCUUCUUUUCUGUGGAAAGCAUUCCCCUUGGACUGUCUUGAGAGUGAACAAUAAGAAAGACUGAACUGAAGUUUCCUCCCACCGUUUAUCUGUGUGUAUAUAGACCAUGAAAAAAAGAAGAAGAAAAAAAAAAAAAAAAAAGUACAGAAUUGUUAUGCUGCUACAAAAACAAAUAACUACCCAUCAUUUGACAAAAUGUGGUUUUGCAUUUCUAACAGGCUUGUGAUGCAGGUGUCGUCUUGUUGUCAAUUCAUUGUAUGCAAUUACUUCACUGGAUAUGAGUCUCUACUGUGGUUGUGUGUCAGUCGUAAAAUUGCAAAACCUCUCAAUUUAAGAUAUAUUUAACUGCUAAAACAGCGAGUGACGCUGAAGAGGACAUGGGAGCGCACUCUUCUUUCAAAAAUGAUGGAUGGAUUUUCAAUUGGUCGAUUUCUACUUUUGGAGUAUAACAGCAGGACAACCGGGACAGUUGAAUCUGUCUUUACAUGACAAUGCAGGACUGAGAUGGACUUACACAAUGUCACCAUUGUGACCAGCUUGCAGAAGAAGAGACUCCGGAGUGCCAUAUACUUUUUAAAGGGAUACUGGUUGUUAAUAUAGCAUCUACUGUUUUGCUAUGUCCGACAUGAAAACCACUGUAAACAUCCUAUACUGUAGUUUGAUUCCAUUUGAAAAAAAAAACUGUGCCUCGCAAAAUGUACUGAGAAAUCUUUCGAGUGCUUUUUAAAUUAUUUUUUUGUUUCCUUUUUUCAGGAGAGGGGAUUGUCAAAGUAGUUUUGUUAGUUGUUAAAGUCAAAACAGAACGCAUUGAUUACAUAUCUUCAUCUCUGAACUUGUACAUACUUAAUAUCCCUUUAUGCCAUAGUCCAUUCUAGAUAAUUUAUAAUGUUAUAGAGUAUUUUUCAGUAUUCAGUCUUCUACCCAUAUUUAAUUUGGUCUAUUUAUAUAUGCAGUGUUAUGUACCUGUGGCUGUCCUAUCUCCCCCCAUGUGUAAGGUCACUGAUGGCUACUCUCAGCAUGGAGCCUCUCUGUGCUUUUCUACGAAACCAACUAAAAAAACAAGUCGAAAAAAGGAUUUGUUAACAUUCCCUGAAUGGAUAAUUUGUACAGGUGUACUGAUGACAUCUCCUCUGGAUUGUUUCAACUCCCUCUUAUCUAAGGGUGUGGGUGCUCUGUAGGAUUUUAACAUGCUGUGCGUUUGUGAAAAUGUGUGUGUAUGAGUGUGUGUUCACGUGCAUUUGCCGAUGCCCACAUCUGUGUGGAGGUAGCGGACCUGUGUUAUGUCCGUCCUGCGAGAUGCAAAUACGAAUAAACUACUGCUAGCAGCUCAGCAUACACUACCACAACAACGCCACAGUUUUACAUUUGGAUAACAAUCUGCAUCCUGUCAUAGACCCCUCAUUAUUAGUUCUCUUUGUCUCUCCUUCACUAUUAACAUGUUUUCUGUGUCUAUGUAAAACAGUAAAGCAUAUUUAUUUUCAAAUUAUAUUGUUUUUUAUAUAAAAUAAGGAAAAGGUU